AGUGUAAUCGUGGCAGUUAGUCAGUCAGUCGUUUUCUUAUUUAAAUAAAAGUUGUCCAACAAGAAACAUGAAGAAAGUCUGAAAGUAUUUAAAUAUUUAUUUUUUUAAUUGUAAGAAGAAAAUUAAUAUAAAAAGUGAAAAAAUGAAACAAAUUGUUGAGAAAACCUCAAAAAACGAGGGUAAAAUAUUUCUAUUGCAGUACAAUAAUGAAAAAUUAAAUUGGUGGAUUAUUUUUGCUACGGUUUUACUUUUAACCAUUGCUACCCGAUAUUAUAAAGUAACUGAGCCAGACCAUGUAUGUUGGGAUGAAACUCACUUUGGAAAAAUGGGCAGUUGGUAUAUUAAUCGUACAUUUUUCUUUGAUGUGCAUCCACCAUUGGGGAAGAUGUUAAUCGGUUUAUCGGGCUAUUUGACUGGCUAUAAUGGAACUUAUCCGUUUGAAAAGCCCGGUGAUAAGUAUAAUGGAACACACUAUGAAGGCAUGCGCUAUUUCUGCACUACACUGGGAGCUUUGAUUAUGCCUAUGGCUUUCGAUACUGUACACGAUUUAACACGAUCAGUAGAAGCGGCUAUUGUCGCAGCAGGUUAUUUAAUAUUUGACGUUGGCCUGCUCACUCUAAAUCAGUAUAUACUAUUGGAUCCCAUUUUACUAUUCUUCAUGACUGCAUCGGUUUGGGGAAUGGUUAAAGUAUCGAAGACAACGCAUAAUGGACUCUCCUAUACAUGGCAAUGGUGGAUGUGGCUCUUUUUUACAGGCACGAUGUUGUCAUGUACAAUAAGUGUUAAAUUUGUAGGACUUUUUGUAGUUCUACUUGUAGGUCUACACACGGCUAAUGAACUCUGGCUAAUUCUGGGUGAUUUACAAAAACCCAUUUUUGAAACUAUUAAGCAAUUGGUGUGUCGAGCCGUGACACUUAUUGUGUGGCCAUUACUGCUCUACAUGACAUUCUUCUACAUACAUUUACAAGUAUUAAAUCGCAGUGGCAAUGGGGAUGGUUUUUAUAGUUCGGCUUUUCAAUCACAUCUCAUUGGAAAUUCGCUAUAUAAUGCCAGUAUGCCCCGUGAAGUUGCGUAUGGAUCGAUAGUGACAAUUAAAAAUCAUAAAACUGGCGGAGGUUACUUGCAUUCACAUUUUCAUUUGUAUCCAAAAGGGUUUGGAGCUAAACAGCAACAGAUUACUACUUACACCCACAAAGACGACAACAACAAGUGGCUAAUAAAACCAUAUAAUAAAGAAACCUUCGAAGGUACUCAAAUAGUGAAACAUGGAGACCUUAUUCGUUUGGAACAUGUGUCUACUCACCGAAAUCUUCAUUCUCAUAACGAACCAGCGCCGGUGACUAAAAAACAUUUACAAGUUACUGGUUACGGUGAACAAGGUAUUGGAGAUGCUAAUGACAUUUGGAAACUGUUAAUUGUUGGAGGUAAAAGUAAUGAUACUGUGAAAACUGUUACAACAAAGUUUAAAUUGAUCCACUACUUACAAAGCUGCAGUUUGACAUCAAGUGGAAAACAACUGCCCAAAUGGGGUUUUGAACAACAGGAAGUUUCAUGCAAUCUGAAUGUUCGAGAUAAAAAUUCCAAUUGGAAUAUUGAAGACAACAAACAUAAGAACUUGUCUAGCGUUAGCUUCAGUGUUUAUGCUCCUGGAUUUUUAGCAAGAUUUAUGGAAUCACAUGCCGUCAUGUUUCAAGGCAACGCUGGACUUAAACCAAAAGAAGGCGAGAUUACAAGUCGUCCCUGGCAAUGGCCUAUUAAUUAUCGAGGACAAUUUUUUUCCGGCAGUUCGUAUCGAAUUUAUUUAUUGGGAAAUCCAAUCAUUUGGUGGAGCAAUCUAGUAUUCCUGACAUUAUUUGUAAUAGUGUUUGUUUUCAAUGCCAUUAAACAGAGACGCGAAGAUGGCAUUCGAUAUUUACAAUUAAUGACUAUCAAAACUAAGAAUAUUGAUGGUGGAUGCGAAUUAAAGGCUAAUCCAAAAUCAUCGAUUAAUUCCAUGACGCUGGAAGCGGCAAUUUGGUUAUUUUUUGGAUGGAUUAUACACUACUUGCCAUUUUGGGCCAUGGGCCGUGUUUUGUAUUUUCAUCACUACUUCCCUGCUUUAAUAUUUAAUUCGAUGUUAUCAGGAGUUAUGUUUCAUUAUAUAACUGGCCGCUUGCCAAGGUGGAUUCAACAUUCACUGCUGGGUGGUUUGAUGUCAGUGCUGGUUUAUAGUUUCCUGUUGUUCUCACCACUUGCAUAUGGAAUGAGUGGACCUUUAGCUAAUGAACCCAACUCAACAAUGCACGGCCUAAAAUGGUUAUCAACAUGGGAAUUUUAAUUAGCAUACGGUUUUAUAAACAAACUUUCAUUUCAACAUUGGAACAACAUUCCUACACAAUAAAAUGCCCUAAAAUAAGUAAAAACGCUAAUGGACCCCAAAUGGAAAGAACAAUGAACGAAAAUAUUUUAUAAAUAUUCGUCGUUACCCACAGACACCCAACAAAUGAAAUAAAAUUUAUAGCAGAUUUUUGGGACAAAUAUGUUCAUUUCUAAUUGGGGUUUUCCACUAAAUGUGUUUCAUUCAUUGUUUAAAUGAAAAUAUAAAAUGUACAAUAAGUAACAAAAAAUAAAAAA